AUGCUCGUAGAAGUGCUCUCGGUGACGGCGCUCGCCUCGACAUUCGGUUUUUUCUUCUGUGGUGCCCAAAUUUGUGUGCAAAUUCGGCGAAAGGGUGGCACUGAAGGGAUCGGCGCUGCACCGUUUCUCAUCGCUUUUCUCUCGUGUUUUUUCAUGCUACAGUAUGGGAUUUUGAGAGAAGAUAAGGUGGUGAUAUUGUGCAAUGUCGUUGGACUUGUUCUUCAAGGUGCUUAUCUUCUCUACUACUACUCAAUGACCAUUCAUAAGCGUUAUUUGCGACGAGUUUUUCUGAUCGAGGCGCUUCUGAUCGGAGCAAUGGAAUGGAUGGUGCACUGGUCGACGAUGCCCGAUCAAGGGAUGACGAUUCUCUCGAAUUCGUGCAUGUUUCUCAACAUUGCCGCCAUGGGCGCCCCACUUGUAACACUAAAAGAAGUGAUCAGAUCGAAAUCAACAGCGUCUCUUCCACUCCCAUUGUGCGUCGCUUCAUUUGCCGUCUCGGUGCAAUGGCUUGCCUAUGGGAUUCUUGUGAACGAUCCUGUUAUAAAGUAUCCUAACUACAUAGCAACUCUUUUGGCACUUAUACAACUCUCACUUUUCGCUAUCUACGGCCGAUCGAAAACGAUAAUAAAAAAAUUUCAGCCAAUCCCUUCAAGAGAAAAACUAAAUGGAUACAAUAUU